CCCCUGGAGAAUAAAGUAUGAAUAGAACGCUCAGGGUUAGUCAUGUUACUGAAUGAGCAGGCCACAGCACAGAGAGAAUUUCUUAACGGGACAUCAAUAUUUAGCUUGAGAAUAAUGUUAAGAAACUCGAUGUAUGCUUAGAUUAAAAGUGCAGAUUUAAAGGAACAGAAAACUAGGAGCCAUAAAUAAUAAUAAUAAGAAGAAGAAGACGAAGAUACCUGGGAAAGUUCUUGGAUUGAACUACCUCACAAUCUCCCUGAAGCGUGAGCAGCAUCCUUGACUGAAGACGUGGCGGCUGACAUCAGAAUGGCUGCGAUCCUGCGGGUGAUGGGUUUCUCUCUGCUCAUGCAGGGGUGUCUGAGCAGUGUUGGACACACGGACACAGGCUGCAUGAGAUGGACCCCAAAUGGAAAGGAUUCUUGCUGUGAUGCCUGUCGUCCAGGAAACCACCUGGUCAGACGCUGUGGUACGACGCUAGGAGAUCUUUGCACCCCUUGCGAGUCUGGCACAUUUCAAGCGGACCCUGGACUAAAAUACAUGUGCAACACGUGUACACAAUGUGCAGGGGCUCAGGUCUACGUGAAAGUGUGCACCCCCACAAAGGACGCAGAGUGCGGCUGUAAACAAGGACUUCUUUGUGGUGACGGCAGCUGUACCUUCUGUAUCAAGAAGUGUGACAAAGGUGAAGAACCCACAAAGGAACGUUCCUGCAGACCGUGUCCAACUGGAACCUUCAACGACCAGGGCCAUCAGAUGUGUAAACCCUGGGAAACCAAGUGUCCAAAUCUCGAUCAAUAUAUUGUGUCCCAUGGAACUACGACUUCUGACAUCACGUGUGCCAGCGUGGCAUUGAGUCCAUUGCACAAACCCAGCGACCCAGGUACCACGGAGCAGAAAUGGCCGCUGGUCUUAUCUGUGGUGACCAGUUUAGCUCUGACCAGCUUCAUCAUCAUCAUCAUCCUCACUGUGACGAUGAAACAUGUCCAGAAAAGAAAGAAGACACAAAAGAUAGUCACAAACACAGUGAUAAUCCGAACCCCCACAGAUCAUCCACUGCCAUUAAGAGCAGUAGAGUGCAGUUUUCACGAGGCCGAGCAGGAGGAAGGCGGCAGCUCAGAGUCGCUGGACACCAAGGAAUCUUCAGACCAGCUCCUCCCAUGAAAAGAAGGGACCAGGCGAGAAGGACACACUGAAAUACCUGUGAAUUCCCAUCAAGAACAAGAUGGGAUCCUUCUCUUUGAUACUGCAGUGUUUGGAGGUGAACAACCCGGCUAUCUUUAAAAAACAUCAGUGUUACCUAAUCAGAGAUCAAGUUCAAGUAUUUGCUCAAUAAUUAAAUCGGGAAAUAAUUUUCGACAGGAAAUGUACGCAUGGGAGGAAUUCUGAGAAGUUCGUCUAUUCAUCAUGUACCCUGUGUUUUCCCCCUGUCAGUCAAGCUUGAAAGUUUAACUGCUCCUGAUAUAGUCAUGGGGAGUUUUUAAUGUUUAGAUUUAGACACCAGAUAAAAGGUGAAAACGACACAAAACUUGUUAUAAAAACCAAAGGAGCAAAGAACCUAAGCAACUUUUUUUUCUUCUUUUUAAACUACCUUCAAACAAAGUAGUUGGACUGUGUGAAAUGAUUCAGAGUUUAAAUAUUACUGUGGUAUUUAAGUGGGCAGAGUAUGAGCGUACAGUGCAGGUGGGAGUUCUGAGGCCGAGCCCACACAUUCCAAAACAGUGCUCAGCCUACAGAUACUGUACCUCGCGUUUACUGCUGAUUUUGUACAUGUAUAUGUCUGUUACUUCGCAGCGGCAGCAGGACGAUGCUGUUGAUCAAGAUUUUGUGGGAGAGGUAGUUUGUUAGCUGUGGUCAGUUUUUGUUUAUUUUCUAAAAUGGAUGGGGACUUUAUUUUGUGAUAAACUGUGAACAUGAUAAGAAUGGCAGUCAGCAGAGAGCAUUUCUCCGCCAAGGGCCAAUGGAAUUUUGAUAUUUAUGUGGAUCUACAAACAAAUUCCACACACUCAUAAACAUCAGUCCCUUAAAAAUGCCUUAUUCUUCUAUUUUUUAAAUCCAGAUCCAUUAGUUAUUCUCUGAGAAAUCAACAAAAGGGUUAAAAAACACCAACUCUCAGUGUUAAAGACGGUGAAAAGGUAUUCCUGCUCCCUCCUUCUGAUUCGUUAAUGCCUCCUUCUACCAAGUUUCUUGGAAAUCUGUCUUACAGUUUCUGUGCAUUCCUUAUCUGGAGGUAAUAACCGUCACAUUGAAGGAACAAGGAACUACAGAAAGUCCAUUAAAGGGAGUUUCAGCUUUUGUGAAUAAAUAACCCAACAACUCACGUUAGGUUAAAGCACCGGGGAGUCCACAGAGUGGGAAAUGCAAAUCACACACAGCUCUUCAUUCAUGAGUCAUUUGCUUAAAGCCCAGCUGUUCAUUGAACAAGCUGGAACACGUCUCUUGUCCAACUUUGCACUCUGGAUGUCCCAAGUGAUGUCACUGGCUGCCCACACAAGUUUGAGAUUCCUUUUAAGUGCGUCAUCCUCGUAAUGACAUACAUUUAACAAAUGAAUUAGUCACUCAUUAAAUCAGUUUCAAUUGUCAUGUUGAAACCUCCCACCACAACCACCACCAAAACCAGUCUGUCUCGUUCUCCCUUUUGCUUUGGUUUAACUUUUAUCCCAGUGGGCCAAGAGAUAAAGAGAACAAGUGGCUUGCAUAGCAUGUAUCUUGAAUGGAAAAGUUGUGCAACACUGUCUGGGCUUGUGAUGAACAUCUGAUCACAAUGAGUCACAGCCGGAGCAAAGUCACAUCUGGUAGAAGGCCACAAACAUCACAGGUGAACGUAACCAGAGUCAGACAGCAAAAGAACUGAUGCACUUUAUUUCACCCCUUACCUGGAAUUAAUGUUAUGCACUUCUGUGAAUUCAUCUUUCUGCCUCAUCACGAUUUUUUAUAUUACUUGUUUUUCUAUUAUAUGCAUAUUCAUGAUUAUCUAUGAAAACUGGAUUACACUGUGCUACAUUAUACGUUUAUGACAUUGUACUUUUUUAAACAGCCAAUAAAAAUAUUUAUUUGUUAUACAGUUGCAUUCAUAGUGGUCCACUGAAGCAGUGGUACAUUUCCUUUGUAAAGAAUACAAAAACUGGUGUUCUAAAUGUGGGAAUAAAAUGAACAUAAUACAAACAAA